AUGAGCACAGCAUUGUCGCCAAAGGGUUCUGCUAGUCCGAGAAGAUAUCAACUGCCGUUUUCAUCCCUGCGCCAGAAUUCUCCAUAUGUUGGAGCUUUAAAGACCAGAUCUCCCAGCUUAGGAGGACCAGGAAAUCGACCAGGGCCACCUGACUUUUCAAUUCCUGCUGACUCUGGGGUUGGCUUGAAGGCACGUCGGAUGAGUGCGAACGUCCCUGACGAUUUCAUCGUAAACACGUGUGACCUUAGUGAUGAGUUUACGACGGCCAGCAAAGUUCCAGGACGAAGAGGAAGAGAGAUUGCAAAGGGCUCCACAGCUACUGUGAAGAUUGUGUAUAGAAAGGACUCUUCCAAGGAUGUCCAAUACGCUGUCAAAGAAUUUCGCAAGUGUGGCAGUCAAGAAGACCAACUUGAAUACAAGAAAAAGGUCAAGUCAGAGUUCAGCAUUGCUAACAGUCUACACCACCCAAACAUUGUCAAAACUGUACGUCUCUGUUCAUAUAGAGGCCGGUGGAACCAUGUGAUGGAAUAUUGCUCAUAUGGAGAUCUCUUUUCCCUGGUUCAGAGGAAUUAUUUGCAGCGAGAAGACAAUAUGUGUCUGUUUAAACAACUUCUACAGGGCGUUUCUUACUUACAUCGCAACGGAAUAGCCCAUCGGGAUAUCAAGCUGGAGAAUCUGCUGCUGUCAGGUGAAGGACAUCUUAAGAUUACAGACUUUGGAGUGUCAGAAGUUUUCAGCGGCCUCCAUCCAGGUCUAAGCGCUGCCGGUGGUCAAUGUGGGAAGGAGAUGGGCGAAGUGCGAAGAUGUCCUCCAGGAAUUUGCGGAAGCUUGCCGUACAUUGCUCCCGAAGUUUUGGCAAAAAAAGGAGAAUAUGAUCCUCGACCACUUGAUGUUUGGUCCUGCGCCAUAGUCUGCCUUGCUCUCUGCUUCCGUGGAACUCCAUGGGAGCUUGCAGACCCCAAAGAUCUUAAUUAUGCUAAAUUUCUGAGAGGUUGGGACAUAUUCAUCGAAGCAAAACCGGACGGUAUAGUCACAAAUAUGGAAUAUCCUUCCUGUGGAAGCAUGUUCCACGCUCUACACAAAGAAUCGCUUAGGCGUCUCCUGUUGCAGAUGCUUCAUCCGGAUCCAGACAGGAGAAUCUCAAUCCACGAAGCUGUGAAGGACCGGUUUGUUAAGGGGAUCGACUGCUGUUGCCCAGACUUCAAUGAUUUUCUCACUGUCACGCAUGUCGAUGCGGCAGGUAAGAAUAGUUGCAGACUCGCCGGGAAGAUGGUAGUACACAAAAUGCAUAACCACACCCCUCCUUGA